AUGGAGCUCGAACUUUCAGCAGUUAUUGGAUUUUCAGGGAACGUGAUUCAAGGACUUAUUCUUCACCCCGACAAUGAGCAUAUUAUCUAUCCCUUAGGCUCAACAAUUGUUGUUCGACAUAUUGUUUCUCGAGUUCAAACUUUCCUUCGCGGCCAUGAUCAGCGAGUAUCGUGCAUCACCAUUUCUAGAUCAGGCAAUCUUAUAGCGAGUGGACAGCAAACUCACAUGGGAUUUCAGGCUCAAGCAAUAAUAUGGGAUUUCAAUACCAAGCAGCCACUUCAAGUCAUCAAACUCCACAAAGUUCUCAUCCAGUCCCUUCAUUUCUCGCCAAAUGAACUCUAUUUAGCCUCGCUUGGCGGCCAAGACGAUAAUAUGCUUGUGAUUUGGGAUGUAGCGACCGGCAAAGGCUUAUGUGGGAGCACAGUUGGCCAUGAGCAAGGAUUUGAAGUGAAGUUUUAUAAUAGUUCAGACUCAAAACUCAUUACAGUGCAUAAUUUGCUUGUCAAAAUUUGGGACGCAGACUAUGUCAGCAAAAAAUUGAAUUUCCAAGCUGUAAACUUAGGAAACAUCAAAAGGCAAAUCCUCAAUGUCGUCAUUCAUCCGAGUGACAGGUUUGCUUAUGUAGGAACCCGCACUGGAGACAUUUUAGAGCUUAAUCUAGAAACUGCUUUAUACAGAAGGGCUGGACCUGCUAGAAAGCUUUUCUCUCAGGGAGUGCAAUGUAUGGCAUUACUGCCUAAUGGGGAUUUAUUAGUUGGUGCAGGAGAUGGAACAUUAGCAAAGCUUGGCAGCCAAAAUCUGCAAGUCUUAAUCUUAAAUUACAUUAAUGAGGCAACUGCCGCGUUGCUAACGCAGACACCAAGGACCUCGAUGUGGGGUUCACCUGCUUUGUGACGCACUCCCAACGAGCCAUAAAGGAUCGCCAAAGGGAAAACACGUCUACUCCUUCCCACAGCGUCUGCGGCUUAAGUCUUGAGUGGGCGAGUUAUGGAAUCCUGCGGCAGCUGCUUGAGUUACGGGAGUUGGCUUUCCGAAAUUCCAAAAAAUGGAAUUUCUGGUCACCUUUCGGCAAGAAGGGAAAUUCCAAGUCCUGGGACGUAACGCCCAGUUUCACGCUAGGUAGUUCCCGAAUGGUCUAGGCAUUGCCUGUAGACCUUGCUGGGCUUACCCUUUCCAAACUUGGACACCCUUUCCUCUCGAGGAGAAAAACCAUUCUAGUCAUUGAGCAUGGGCCAGGCUCUGCUCUGCAGAAUUGCUUACCAUGGCAUUGUUGCCCAUUUCUGGAAUGGCAAAACCUUGCCUGAUAUAAUUUAAAAUAUGAGUCGAGUAUGUAUGGCCGGGAGGCCAUACCCAGACGAAGACGCCAUAUUUUAAUUCCAAAAUCUGCAAGUCAAAGUCCAAGCAGAAGUGCUAGGAGGCCCUACUUCGAUAAGUUUGACAUCAGACGCAACCCACAUGUUUCUCGUGGUUCAUGCUUUUUUGAUAGUAACUUUUUAAACUGUGCGUUUCCCUGGGAUAUAUCGUAAUUCUUUACCUUGCAAGAUGUUUAAUCGAAAUUUAACGGUUUUAUUUUAACAAAUGUCUCAAUAUAAAAAUUUUUCGAACAAAUUUCCUGGAAGAAAUGCGAUUCUUUUUCAAUACAUUAAAUGGCAUACAGCAUGUUUCUCGGACUUCCCAAUCAAAUAUCUAUUUCGUCGACUCUGAUGAACUGAAAGCAGAGCUGAGAAACACAUGCCAUUAUGAAAGAAUCAACGACGUUGCCUUCCCAUUAAACUAUUCAGAAGUUUUUGCAACCUGCUCAAUCAACGACAUUCGCGUUUGAAAUGCAAGAAACCGUCAAGAGCUCCUAAGAAUCCAAGUCCAAAACUUAGAAUGCAACUGCAUAGGCUUUACCCCAGACGGGAAAAGCAUAGUUAGUGGGUGGAAUGAUGGGAAAAUAAGAGCAUUUUUGCCUCAAUCUGGAAGAUUAAUGUAUGUUAUCAACGACGCCCAUAGGCAUGGAGUUACUGCAAUCAUUUCCGCAAAUAACUCAACCAGAAUUCUGUCAGGUGGGAUUGAAGGAGAAGUCAGAAUUUGGAAAAUUGGGAAGCAGACUCAAACUAUGGAAUCUUCAAUGAAAGAGCAUAGAGGAAGAGUUUGGGCAAUCCAAAUCAACAAAAAUAACGACCUCGCUGUAACUGCCAGCUCUGACGGUUCUUGCAUUGUGUGGGACUUAAGAUCAUUUACAAGAGUCAUUUGUUUGUUCGAAAGCACCAUGUUUAAGCAAGUCCUCUAUAAUCCUGACGAAAGCCAAUUGCUAACUACAGGCUCUGAUAGAAAAAUCACAUAUUGGGAUACUUUUGACGGGCAGUCAAUCAGAAUGCUGGAUGGCUCAGAAGAAGGAGAAGUCAAUGCCUUGGCGAUUACAAGAGAAGGCGACUAUUUCGUGUCUGGUGGAGAAGACCAGAGAGUCAAGCUCUGGAGCUAUGAUGAAGGUGUCAUUUUAUAUGAAGGAAUUGGACACUCUGGAAGCAUUAAUAAAAUAGCCUUUAGUCCAGACCAAAGAAACAUUGUCACUGUUGGCGCUGAAGGAGCUAUUUUCAUGUGGAAUGUUCCACAGGCUAACCCUCAAUAA